CAGCCUCCUCAAACAACAAUCAGGUCCCCACGUCAAUCUUAAUCCUAGUCAGUGGCGUGGAACGUUCCAUAUAAGAGCAAUGUUCUGCCUUGGUCUCACCAAAGUUGGAAUACGAAGUUCGUGGCCAUGGACAGCAAUUUCUCGUUCUUUGCUUUGCCAGCUGCAUCCGGGACCCCUCCAGCGAAGCUGCAGGUUGAUGCUGCCGGGAAUCCCCUACGGAAACGUCAGCCACAUCAUAAAUCAAGAAAUGGAUGUGCGACUUGUAAGCGGAGGAAAGUUAAAUGCGACGAAACAUCACCUGCUUGUCUAAAUUGCACAAGGAGAAAUUUGCAAUGCAGUUUCAAAGUCUCACUUGGACCGGCGGAGGCCCAUUCCAGGAGACGGAUUGAAGUGGCGAAAACGUCUGGACCGUCUCAAAGUACUUCGCUAAGUCAACUAGAAUUUCUCAAUAGACUUACUAGGCAAUAUCGGGAGAUCUGUUUGACAGACAUCUUUCACAUUCAAAUGCCAGGGUUUAGUGCGGAAGUUGAAGAUGAUGGAAAUUCGGUUUAUCAAGGACCGAAUGCUGGCCAGCCUCACAGGUCACGACUGAAUUGGCUAGAAAUGCUCGACAAACAUUCAACAGACCACCGUGCAGGAGUGGCUUGUCCAACCUGUUUUACACGUGCAGGCAUGCCAGUAGAAGAUGUUCAUAAUACAGAAGAGGUCACCCCAUCAUGCAAUCUUAUGGAACUUGCCCCAAGCAUGAGUUCCAAAGAGCGGGAGCUUCUUCUGUAUUUUGAAAAGUUCACAUCCCAGAACCUCGCCCUUUGUGAGACACUAUGGCGAACAGUUGUAUUGAAGAGCGCCUGGCAGUAUGACUUUGUCAAGAGCGCUAUUCUCCUCGUCACGAUAGCUCAUAUGAAGCACAACACACCUACAUACCACCACGACCGCGAAUCUGAUCUGCAAUACAUAUCCUGUGCUCUUUCGGGUUUACGAGGUGCCUUGAAUUUAGACAUGACUUGCGAAAACUUGGAGUCCAUUAUUAGCUGCACAUCUUUGCUCGUUCACUACGCAUGGUCGCACAUGGAGCACGAUCUAAACGCCGACAUAGAUAUUGCUGUAUGCUUCAGUCAUACGGCCGACCACUUCCAUGGCUUAAAGGACUGCAUGGCCCUCGUUCGGGGGGCAUUCAGUCAAACCAAAUGGUCAAGCGUCUUGGUCUACAGUCCCAGGGUCAACUUAGAACGGUAUUUGAUGGAAUCGCAGUCCACGGCCAACAAGCUAGAGAACGUCUUUUUCCACUGCAUCGAUUGCGGACUCAGUACAAGAGCUCCUGAUAACGCCUCAAAUAACAACGUCUCCGCCCUCAAACGGCUCAUUAUUGUUCUGAACGUCAUUUGCAUCAGUUCACCUGACAUUGAAUCAACUGGCCUUUUGCCAGACAUUUAUCGAUAUCUGUUCACUUGGCCCUCCAGUGGUAAGAUGUCCACCAAAGGGUUUAUACUGCAAAUUGGCGAGGGAAAUCCUGUAUCGUUGACGAUUCUAUUAUACUACUACGCAGCAAUUCUGCGCGUAUACACGGAGAAGAUCUGGUGGAUGCGAGAUGGAGCCACAAUGAUGUUCAAUAAACUGCGGUCAAAGUUGGGUGGGCAUUGCUCGCGGUGCACUGAUAUCCCAUUGUCAUUGCUAGCCCCGCCCGAGCAACAGGCCACUGCUGCUUACAAUCAUGGAAAUUGGAAGCAUUAGGUUUACCUCAUUGAAAAUAUUGCAAGAAAUAUGGGACCCGGAAAGAUUGAGACAUUUACAAACUGUGUCCCUUGCAAAUGGUUGAGAGUUGAGACCGCAGACUGGUGGAAAAGAUAUCCUGCCAAGGCCCUCGAACCGGUGGAACACGCAAUGCUUACCCGAUGGGCAGAGCACUGUUUCCAUGUAGCUAAUCCCCGAGAAGUAUCAGAUCCAAAAAC